AUGGUUUAUAUGGUUAUCGUUUUCGUGGAAGCAAAAGUCGAAUCUAUCGAAGCGGUCAAAUCACGCAUGACUGAAGCAGGUAAGAUCUACGAGAAAGAUCCGGGAACCAUCGAAUUCUCAUUACAGCAAGAUGUUUCAAAUCCACAAAAGUUUAUCCUUGUGGAAAGGUAUGACAAGCAGUCUUCUCACGCAGAUCAUAAGCAAAAUCCAAUUUUCGAAGAAACGAUGAAAUGGUUAAAGGAGAACGUCACGAAACCCAAUGAACCUCAUCAUAUCAACCUGUAA